UCUGGAUAUAUUUAAUUCAUUUCAAAUCGGCCACGUUGAGUCGCACAAGGUAAAAAAAUGAGUGCACUCUUUCUUCUAUCGGCACCGGUUUUUCCCCUUUCGAGACGCAUUCUCAGCAGCAAAAUCUCGAACCCGCUGCAAAAUCCAACACAUUUCUCCUCCGCUCGCGCUACUUAUUUUCGUAGAACGAUUCCAGCUUUCUUGGUAAAAAUGGCCUCCGGGUCGGCCUCAUCCCAACUCACUCACACCAUCGACGAUCUCCCGGAUCAACUUGGCCAACCCGUCACCGUCGUGGCCGCUUGUGGCAUCUCAGAUUCUGAUUUCAGGAAUGCUAUAGAAAGUACACUGUUCAAACAAUGGCUGAAAAAUAUUCAAACUAGAACAGGGUUGCUGUCUAGUGGGGAUAUGUCUGUUACAAAAGUUAUCAUUCAGAAUGUUGAUAUGUUUGGCAAUCGUGUUGGAUUUCUGAAGUUCGAAGCUGAUGUAAUUGAUAAACAAACAGGGAACAAGGUUCCUGGCAUUGUUUUUGCACGAGGUCCAGCUGUUGCAGUGCUAAUUCUCUUGGAAUCAGAUGGAGAGACCUAUGCAGUGCUGACAGAGCAGGUUAGGGUCCCUGUUGGGAAGCUUAUAUUGGAGUUACCGGCUGGAAUGUUGGAUGAUGACAAAGGUGAUGUAGUUGGAACAGCUGUUCGUGAGGUUGAGGAGGAGACUGGAUUGCACUUGAAUCUGGAUGACCUUGUUGAUCUCACUGCCUUUCUAGAUCCUUCUACUGGGAAUAGAGUGUUUCCUUCUCCGGGCGGAUGUGAUGAAGAAAUCGGCCUGUUUUUGUACAGAGGCAGUGUGGAUAAAGAGAUUAUUAAACAGCUGCAAGGUAAAGAAACUGGUCUACGGGAUCAUGGUGAGUUGAUCCGUGUGCACGUCGUCCCCUACAAGAACCUGUGGCGGAUGACCUCUGAUGCUAAAGUCCUCAUGGCUAUUGCUCUCUAUGAGAUGGCCAUGAGAGAUGGAUUUCUCCGAACAGCUUGAGCGUUAUCUGUAUCUAUUGCUGUUUAUUUUUCUUUUUUAUUUUUUUUUAUUUAUUUUACUAGAAAACGAUUCUAGCAGCAGGGGAGUAUAAACCAGCCAUUUGAAUUGCAAUACUUCUUUUUGGGUUUAUUUCAAUUCCAGAAAUGUGCAAUAAUUCAAAAUCCAAAAAGCGGUAACUAUUAUGGCAUAAUUGAUAUGAUGGAAUGACAUGUGAGAAUGAGCAUUCUUUUUCUCAUUCUUAAUCUCAUAA